CGGGGCGGAGCGCAGGAGGAUUCUCCGGCUCUCCGGCCGCAGCAACCCCGGAACGCUCCCCGAGCCCCGCCCGGCCCCGCCGGGCCCCGCGGCCGCGUUCCGGUCCCGCCCCACGGCUGCGGCCCGGGGCGAGCGGAGCGGAGCGGAGCGGAGCGGGCGAGAUGGUUCCCGAGCUGGAGAAAGCUACGGUCCGGAUCCGGCAGCCGGAGCGCGUGCGGGGGAUCAUCCAGUCUCUCCGGGAGCAGGGGGUGGCCAAACUGCAGGUCAUUUCUGACUUUGACAUGACGCUGAGCAGGUUUGGUUGCAAUGGCAGGCGCUGCCCCACAUCUCACAACAUCCUUGAUACCAGCCGCGUUAUCAGUGAGGAUGGCAAGAAGAAGCUGAAGGAUCUACUCCACUAUUACUAUCCCAUUGAAAUAGAUCCCAACCGGACCCUGGAAGAGAAACGUCCCCUCAUGGUGGAGUGGUGGACCAAGGCCCAUGAGCUGCUGGUGCAGCAGAAGAUCCACAAAAGUGACAUAGCCCAGAUCGUCAGAGAGUCAGAAGCGAUGCUCAGGGAUGGCUUCAAGGAGUUCUUUGAUCAGCUGCAUAAGAGCAACAUCCCUCUGUUCAUCUUCUCCGCUGGCAUUGGUGAUAUCCUGGAAGAGAUUAUCCGUCAGGCCAACGUCUUCUACUCCAAUGUCAAUGUGGUGUCCAACUACAUGGGCUUCAAUGAUGAUGGAGUCCUCACGCACUUCAAGGGACCCCUCAUCCACACCUACAACAAGAACAACACCGUGCUGCAGGGCACAGGGUACUUCCAGCAGCUGAGCACAAGGACGAGCAUCAUCCUGCUGGGGGACUCCAUGGGUGACCUGACAAUGGCAGAUGGUGUUCCCAAAGUGGAGAACAUCCUCAAGAUUGGCUUUCUCAAUGACAAGGUGGAAGAGAGGAGGAGGAAGUACCUGGAUUCCUAUGACAUUGUGCUGGAGAGCGACGAGACGCUGGACGUGGUGAACGGGAUUCUGCGGUACAUCCUGACCGAGACAUGAGCUGGGGACGUGGUGUCCCAGCUCCAGCCACACAGUGGGCACUGGGCAGGGAAUGUCCUUCCCAGAGCUGGAGGGGACUGCUGGUUCUGGCUGGGCUCCAUCCUGACCUCACAAAUGCCUUUGGCCAGCCCUGGAGCAGGAGAGGUGAGGUGGAGGAAGCUUCUCCUUUCCCUUUACCCCAGCUCUGCCUGGCUCUGCAGUUUCCCACCCAGACUGACUCUAUCUUGCUCGGACUUCAUCCCACUGGGAAUUCACCCCUGCCACUUCCUGAGGCCACAGCAAACCAUUCUGUGUUUCAGACAGAGAUGUUCUGCACUUGCUUCAGUAGCUGAGGGUGGAAUGGAGACAGUUUACAGUGGGCUGAGGACAGACCCAGUUUAGAUGUGUCACUGUGUUCCUGGCUAAGAAAACAAGUCUCUCUCUCGUCCUGUUUUCUGUGCGCUUCAAAGCUCCAGGGCUGACUCUGGUGCUAGUGUAGCCACUGGGCUGGUGUGGCCCUGCUGGCCAUCACAUCACCCAGCCCCAUUCCCCAUGAAAACCAGCAGCUCUCUGGCCUCGUGUCUCAGCUCACCCGUCCCUCUUGCACCAGUAUAGCUCUUACUGUGAAAAAAAAACCAACUUUUUCCAACCGUCCCUGAAGGCUCUGGAGCUUGGCUGCUGCUGCUGCCCAAAGCCAGAAGUAGGUUUGUCUGCCAGGGAUCAGAGGAGGAGGGGUGGCAAUGGGGGAGGAGAGGCCAAUGGCAGAAUUUUGAGUUUUAAGCAAUGUUUACCUGACCGUGUUUGUGUACUAAAUUUCUGGGCUGAUCUUGGGCUCUCAGAACAGCAAUAGGAAAAGAGCAUUUUAUUACUGUAUAACUUCUGGUUAUAUGGGACUUUGGGAAGAGCAGGUUUGUUCUGUUUUGGAAUAAAAACACAAUUGGCUAAA